AAAGUUUAGAAACUAAAACCCCUGACCCUAUUCCUACUCCUGAUUUGCCUGAUCACCCAGAAACUCCUACUCCUACUCCUCCAACAGAAACCCCCUCUACUAAGGAUGGAAGUAAGAAAUAUUUUCUUCCAGAUGAUUUGGGUGGUGAAUAUGUAGGACUUUCACUAAUGGCUAAAAAUGACAAAGAAGAAUUUGAAAGGUUAAAUGAGGAAUUUUUUGAAAAACUUAAAGAAAAGAAAGAUGACAUAAUAAAAGAAAUAGGCAACCCGCUGGCCGGAGUAGAUUUAAGUGGGAUUGGAAUGGAUAAAUUAAAAACUUUGGAUUCUUCCGGUUCAUUACCUAACUUAGAUGGGAAAGAAUGA